AUGGCACGGCUUGACCAAAUUGAUACUAAGGCCUCUCAUAAUACCAGCAACGCACUUGGAGUUACUCCAGUUCAGUAUUAUGCUGCGCCGAUUGCUUACCAUCAGAAUUGCCACUUAGCAGCUUCAUGGAUGCUUAGCCUAGAAGUAAUAGUGGCUAACUUGACUAGUGAAUCUGGCAUGCCACAUUCCGAAUUCCGAUUAUUUUUGAGCUCUAUGCCCACGCCCAAAUUUCCAGUGUCUGUCUUACAAAAUUCUGUUAAAGUCACAAAUGAGCCACCCAAGGGUUUAAAAGCAAAUGUGAAAAGAGCUCUUAUUGAAAUGGAAGAAGAUUUCUUUGAACAGCAUGUAUUGGGCCAAGACUGGCGUACAAUGCUAUUUGGUGUUUGUAUGUUCCACGCAAUCAUUCAAGAGCGCAAAAAGUUCGGUCCGUUGGGUUGGAACAUUACUUAUGAAUUUAAUAACAGCGAUCGUGAGUGCGCCUUGAUGAACUUGCAAAUGUUCUGUGAGGACGGAACCAUACCUUGGGACGCUUUGGAAUAUAUAACAAGUAAUAAUAAAGAUUAUCUCCUCUUUUACUACAAAACUUACGUACAGUCAGCUCCAAAAGUCGAUGAACAGAAUCAACUUUCCAAAACACCUGUUCACAAUAAAAUGCCAUAA